CAGAGAGAAAGCCACAGAGCAGGAGGGUGUGCGGAGCAGAGCCAGAGCUUAGAGGGACCCGGUGAGGGCGGGUGCAGGCAGAGGCAAAGACAGUGACCGCAGGCACCUGCGACCCAGGAUCCCAGGGUACCACAGGAGUUCAGCGGAGGUGGUGCGGGGCUGGGAGUGACCGCUCUCCCAGGUGCUGGCCGCCGGUGGUGAGGUGACCCAGAGUCCAAGUGGUUCUGCACUCAGGUGCUCGCCUGGGAGGUGGCGCGGGGCUCCGGGUGCCUGCGUCCCUAGGUGCUAGCCCAGAGGGUGGCGCGGGGUUCUGGGUUGCUGGACGCCCUCCGGGUAGCCAUGGCGACGGGGGCCAGGGGUCGCUGGGCGUCCGUGUCGCCGAGGGGCUGAGCCGGCAGCAGGCUGCGCCAUGGCGGCGCGGGGUUGCGGGCCCUGAGCGCCAGCUGCAGGCGCGCACCAUGAACUCGUGGGACGCGGGCCUGGCGGGGCUGCUGGUGGGCACCAUUGGCGUGUCGCUGCUGUCCAACGGGCUGGUGCUGCUCUGCCUCCUGCACAGCGCUGACAUUCGCCGCCAGGCGCCGGCGCUCUUCACCCUCAACCUCACGUGUGGCAACCUGCUGUGCACCGUGGUCAACAUGCCACUCACGCUGGCCGGCGUCGUGGCGCAGCGGCAGCCGGCCGGGGACCGCCUGUGCCGCCUGGCCGCCUUCCUCGACACCUUCCUGGCCGCCAACUCAAUGCUCAGCAUGGCCGCGCUCAGCAUCGACCGCUGGGUGGCUGUGGUCUUCCCGUUGAGCUACCGUGCCAAGAUGCGCCUCCGUGAUGCUGCGUUCAUGGUGGCCUACACGUGGCUGCACGCGCUCACCUUCCCGGCCACCGCUCUCGCCCUGUCCUGGCUCGGCUUCCACCAGCUAUAUGCCUCGUGUACGCUGUGCAGCCGGCGGCCCGAGGAGCGCCUGCGCUUUGCUGUCUUCACCAGCGCCUUCCAUGCGCUCAGCUUCCUGCUCUCCUUCAUCGUACUCUGCUUCACGUACCUCAAGGUGCUCAAGGUGGCCCGCUUCCACUGCAAGCGCAUCGACGUGAUCACCAUGCAGACGCUCGUGCUGUUGGUGGACAUCCACCCCAGUGUGAGGGAGCGGUGUCUGGAGGAACAGAAGCGGAGGCGACAGCGUGCCACCAAAAAGAUUAGCACCUUCAUAGGGACCUUCCUCGUCUGCUUUGCCCCCUAUGUGAUUACCAGGCUGGUGGAACUCUUCUCCACAGCACCCAUCGGCUCCCACUGGGGUGUGCUAUCUAAGUGCUUGGCCUACAGCAAGGCUGCAUCAGACCCCUUCGUAUACUCCUUGCUUCGACACCAAUACCGUAGGAGCUGCAAGGAUCUUCUGAACAGGAUCUUCAAUAGACGCUCCAUCCGUUCCCGUUCCGUGGGUCUCACAGGUGACUCUCACAGCCAGAAUAUUCUGCCAGUGUCAGAAUGAAGGACCACUCUCCUGCUGGGGAGUUCAGGAUGAGGUGGACAGAGCAAAGGGAGGUGGGUUGGGACUCCUGGAUGGACAUUAACUGCCACCAUUGCCUGGUGAUUGCAGUGUUGUUGAUGUCUGAACAAGUUCUGGGGCCUGCUUCUUGGCUCUUCCGGGGUAGAUAUCAGACUGUCCCAUCACCAAAGGAUGGCCAUGGGCCAUGUCUUGACUUUUCUUUUGGGGAGUGUGUUUUGAGCAUUUAGACUCACCAAAGGCCUCCCAAAGGAUAGCAGGCUAGUCACUGUUGGGGACACAGAGUGCUGGUGGCAGGUGUAGGGCGUGACGCUCACCUGUUUGCUAACCACUGGUCAUGGGGUUCCAUGCUCCAAGGGACAUUUCAGUGAUGCUGAAAGUGAGGCUGGCUGUGGCCAUCUGGCCCCAGAUCUAAUAUGGCAUCUCUUUUCCACUUGGUAGUGGUGGCUGCUGUAACCCAAAUAUUAUCUAGCUGGUGCCAACUACAUUGUGCUCAGCUGACACCCUUGGGCUCUGCACUCAAUGGAAAAGUGUUUAACAACCAGUUUGCUGCCAACCAGUUGUCUUAGGAAUGAUACAUUGGAUUCAACUGUUGUCCCUCUUCCAUCAAACAAACUGAUAUUUGCGUGUAUUGACAAUCGUAGCAUGAAAGUGGUCUCAAUAGACAGGUAAUAGAUAAUGUUAGAGUCUCUGAAAUCUGAGAAGGAAGUCACCUUCUUCUGAUUUGCAUGCCAUAGCUAUGUGAGCCCAGUAAAGCAGGAAGAAGGUAUCUGGUCUGUCCUACCUCCCCAUCAGGGAUCUGAGUUGGUAGGAAAUACUCCCUCUUGUCUUAGACAUCUUGCCCAUCACAUCCUGUGAGGUGGAUGCACAGAAGCUGACAUAACAGAGAUGCAGUCUUAGUUUUCAGAUACUGGGUAUCAUUAUCCUCAUGGUUCAUUACCCUCAUUCUGUAACUCUGUCCCGAGAAAGCAGGGGUUGUCCAAGGUCACCACAAGAGUGCUUUGUGCCACUGAUGAGAGAGUGCAAUUAGUAUAGGAUGCUGUUUCUAUAAUGUACAUGCCAACCCACUGGGAGCCAUUGUCAGGUCUCAUUAAAAACUAAGGACUGGAGAAAUAGGUUAGCCAGUUAAGUGCUUUCUGCACAGGCAUGAGGACCUGAGUCUGACCACCAAGAAUCCACACUAAAAGCAAACUGGACAUGGUGAUGUGCACCUGUAAUCCUAGCACCAGAGAAACAAGAGAGGUAGCUCCCCAGGGCUCACUGGUCAGCCAAGAUUUAGCUGAACUGGUGAGCUACAGGCCAGUGACAGAUCUCAAAAAAAAAAAAAAAAAAAAGAAAAGAAAAGAACAAAGUAGAUGGUGGCUGAGAAGCAACACCUGAGAUUGACCUCUAGCCCCACAUGCCUGCACACACACACACACACACACACACACACACACACACACACACACACACACACACACAGUCCAUGCCUUCUUCCCAUCUCAUCCUUUCAGGCUGACUUGAGAAUGCUCAGAGCAGUUGUUUCUCAGCCCUGUAGGAGACCCCUCUGGGUGAAAAGGGUGGGGAGCCAUCAGGUCAGAAGGAUCUUUCUUUCCUUAUCACUCCACACAUCCUAGUCUCAGAAGUACAGAGGGAACUAUCCACCAGGGACCAGCCUAAAGAAUGUUGGUCUUCCCUGCCAGGCAGCCCCAGUAGUUAAAAGCAGAGAAAUGUCUGCUUGUCUAUUUGAAAAGAUGGCUCAUCAUUAACUCUUGGCAAUUCAUUUAGAAAACAGCUCCAUUAGGCUUAGUUGUCGGGCUUCAUAGUUUCCAUGGAGAUAGUUGUAACAUCUAAGGAGGUUUUAAUAUCUUCCCAUUGCUGGGAGAGGUAUGCUCACACCUGCCUCGGUAGAAAAAAAGAACCUGGGGUCCAGAGGGGACUCCUCAGGACACUUGUUUGGACUUUGUACCCAUCUCUCCCCAACCAAUCUUCCAGGGGAGUUGGUGAGGUACACCCCCUCCUUCCUGUGACAAGGGAUGUCACACAGGUAGCUUGAAAUUAGCCAUGAUGGAAGUUUUUAUACACUCAGAAUAACUAAGUGUUGUAAAUCGGGCCUUUCCCCCAGAGCUGGUUAUCUCCCAUCUACCAGCACAACACUGCCACAUGUUUGUUCUGGAACAAAACCAUCCUGGUUCUUUGGUCCCAUCUAGCCCAAAUCACAACAGUCACUUCUAUAGCUUUCCUAGCAAAGAGCAGCUGUGUCUACCCUGUUGUCCCAACACUCAAAGUGCUAGGCAAGUUCAAAUCAAGCAGGGAGCCAAGACAGCACACACAAAAUAAUCUCCUCCCGUUUUUACCCAAAUCCUGCUGAAAUUGUACAAGACAGGGAUGGUGACCCAGAGGGUGAGGUCAGUAGACAAGCGAAGGCGAGUAGGGGCAUCCAUGUCUCCCAUAUUGGUUCAGAGGGAGAGUAACCCUACAAAUCCUUUCUCUGCUUACUCUGUGUAGGCAACAUAUUGCACCCCGAGUUGCAGCGAGAUCUCUUUGUCCCUUCCCUCGCUAAGAAGCAGGAACUGCCACCCACGACACCACUUAUCUGGAAGGCUGUAUGCUGUAAUUUUCACUAUGCCUCUGAAACUGCUUACCAUCUAAUAAAACCCGUUACAUUGGCAUCGUGCCACUGACAAGAACCCCAGAUAAGCCCAUUGAUGGAGAGUUUUCAUUAUCACUUAGACACAGGCUUGAAAACCCCAAGGGAAGUGAGAAGGAAGCAGCUCCAUUGGCAAUGGGCACCAGCCAAUGCUGCGGCGAUUGCCUUACCAUAAACAUCUAGCGUCAGUCUGCACAUCUCUGAAACACACCCUCCCCACAUGCUCACUGCUCCCGUUUGAACUAUCUACCUCAUUCUAUCAGUUGAAUUCAUCCAAUAACAUGUGGUUUUCUCAGGCAUGAGGUAUAUAAAAUAAGACUCUGUCCCCCAAGGUGAAAGGUCUCCAUGACUUGCUUGACUUCCACUAGUUUCCAGAGUCACAUUCACUGCACUUGCACGUGAGGGUCACUGGGCAGGUGAAACCAUUUUGUGAAGUUUGGUAGUGAUGCCUAUAGAGAGGCCCCUCUACCAGAUCACGAAUCCACUCAGUAGGCUCAGUUCUGGUCGCACACACUGCUUCCCUUUUAUAAUCUCUCCGCCCCAAUCUUCAUUUCUCUUGCACCCCUCCUAGAAGGUCAGGGUCUCAGAAACCUGGGGCCCUUGGGCAUACAGAUGCUUGCUGAAUGGUACACCUUUGGUGUCUGAGUGUCUGGCUAGCUCAUCCCCCAUAGACAUUUGUCUACAUUCAACUAGGAGACAAGCAUGGCUUGGUGACCUCCUUGGCUUUUUUUCUAUUAUAUUUUCUUCCAGGGCUCAGCUCAGGCCCCCAUCACUCUGAGCAAUAUAAACCUUUUGCCUUGUGUUUGUGAGAUUUUUUUUUUCACGUGUCUCUCUCCUUGAAAGAAGGUAGACAGAAUAAGGCCAAGCCUGUGUCCUGGCUGUCACUUCUUCCCAGGCUUAGAUGCAGGUAGUCAUCUCUGCUUGGCUGUGCUGUGGUUGUUAGAAGAACCGGAAGGCUGUGUGUUGUCAGAAUUUGACCUUAACACAGGCUUAAGUAAGUUGCCUGAUUUUCCUAAGAAUAUUCUAUAAGGUGCCAGAAAGCGCAUGGAUCAGCUCAUAUCAUCCAGCCCAUGAAUACAAUAGGGAAAGAUCUGGAGACUGUGAAGUUCCCAUUGCCUUCCUGAGAAUCUGAGGGUCUGAAUGGAGACAGUGGCUAUUAAACAUCCCCAUGCCCAAGUGCCACCAAAGCAGGUGCUUCAAUAUGAACUCCUGAGUUCCCCCUUCAGAGGUGAAUGCAGGUAAGCUGGCAUGACUUGGGAGUCUAUGAUCCAUAUAUUGGGGUCCAGGCAGCUGACUCAGGUGAUCUUUCAACUCUGUCCCAGCAGUGAUAGCCCCUCUGCAGGGACACUACAUGAUUAGUGUUUUAGGUGUCAAGGACUCCUUGUCAACCUGCACUUUCAAGAAACUUUGGUCCAUUAUCUUCAUGAGCAUCAGUAUCCUGCAGCAUUCCCCCAAGACCCAAGUGAGGCUUCUCAUUGCCUGACUCGUGAGGACUCACAUGGAGAUGAUGUGUAGAACCUUUGGUGGGGAGAGAGGGAAGAGCUCAGCAUCUCUAGUUUGUUCUACAGGUGCAGCAGAGGAAUUUGUGAGGGUGGGGAGCCUGCCUUGUUAAGUUCCUUACCUUCUCUGCCAGCUCCCACUUCCACCCAAACUUUUCCUUCUGUCUUCAGAAGCUCCUGUGGGGUUAAAGACCUCCUAAGAUCCUUCCCCAAGCACAGAGUGAAGCGAAGGAGCUGGACACUUUGGGCAGUCAGUUUCUCAGAAAGGAGGGACCAUGGGUCCUGAGGAAUGGAGCUGUCAAACUUCAGUGAUCCUGCAUAUAGAGAGGACACAGCUGGAGCUUAAGGUGGUGUCUAUCAGCCUGACCCAGACAUCAGAAGUCAGGGACUGCUCAGUGCCAGAGGUCCAAAGAAUGGGCUCCUGCAAUGACAUGCUGAGUGGCUGGUGGUAAAACUGGAUCUGACCACGAGCUGCGGGAGUUCUCACCUGUCACCCUGUAGUUCCAUAAGCCGGAGCCUCUUGUGCCAGGGCCCCAGAGGAGAUGAGUGUCUAUGUGGGCCUAGGUAAGGGGUAUUGCUCAGCACUGUUUACAGGGGGACCUUGCAGAGGCAGUGGGCAUUGGGCCAGAACUGCUGCUGCAGCAUGGGGUGAGAUGGAGGAGAUGUGGACCAGCCUGGUAAAGGUCCAGGAGAGUGGGGCUUAGUGUACAUUCAGAAACACUGUCCAGGGGCUGCUGAGAAGUGGGCAGUGCCUCCUGAGACACAGUGAAUGCCAUCUGUGGCUAAGAAGGUGGCUGUUCUUGAAGUUGGAGCAAAAUUAGAAAAAAAAAAAAAA